UAACAGAUUGAAUUAUUGAUCACAUUGAAAUUAUAUGUGUACGCUUUGAAUGAAAUCAAUGUCACAUUGAAAUUAUGUGAACAAUAUCGAUUAAAUUUAGGCAUUGAAAUGAUUCAACUAUUCCAGUGUACUAUCUAUUUAUCAAUGAAUAAUCAAAAAAGGAUCAAUAAUCCGACUACUUAUACUACUACUAAUACUACUGAUAACAGUCAUCAUCAUCAUCAUGACCAUCACUCACCACUAGCAGCCAAUGGUGUUAUUGUUGAUUCAACAAUCUGUAAUGAAUGGAUCAGUCAAUUGAAACAAGCCCGACCCAGUGUGAUUUAUGCCAUGAAUACAAAUCUUAGUGAAAUAUUACAUCGUACUGAUCAAUUAACAAAAUAUCGUUGUCAAAUAUUUCAUAGUCGUAUACGUUUAUUAAUUCAUGUAAAUGAGAAUAAUAAGCCGU